GUUGGAGUGUAGCUCACCAAGGCGAGGGACUCUGAUAACUGCAAGAACAAUGGGGCAAAUUGGACUGAAAUGGAAAUGAAAAAAUGUUCAAAAGGUUUUAACUUCUGAAGCAACUCCUGUAGUGACAUCAUAAUUCCUGGUGAUAUCAUUACUUGCUGACUUAUCACAUGAUCUUCUCGUUAUGUUAAAGAGCUGUGACCUCACAAACACAAACCUCCAGCUCGUGCAAAACUCAUUCAUCCUUGUGUCACCUCCCCUCCUCCUUCAGAAUAGAGCACACCCCAAUCCAACGCAAGCCAAAACAUCAAAACUGGCCUCAGUUCAGGGCACAACACCAUAUGGCCAAAAGGAAUGUGUUAAGAGAAACACGCAAUGACAUUUGUCUCUCUCUGUGCUCUAAUGAUUCUGAUAUAUCUCCUGGAUGGUCCACUCUUGGCUGAGAACCAUGUCAAGUGUGGAACUCGGUGGGAGGUCAAGAAGUCUUUCCAAGGGGAACCCCAGCCCAGCCCCUGGCCUUGGCAAGUCAGCAUUGAGAUGGCGGUGGAGAACAGGCACUUUUGUGGUGGAGCUAUCAUCAAUGAGUUCUGGAUCAUCACUGCUGCUCACUGCUUUAUGCCGCCCAUAUCACAAAGCUUGGAGGAGAUUGUGGUGGUCAUUGGGUUGAACAAACAACUGACACCAGAAACCUGGGUACGCUACUCCAACCCCCGUAACGUCAUUUUGCACAAUGGGUUUGAUGAGGAAACAGGGGCAAAUGACCUUGCGUUGGUGCGGGUGAGUGAGCGCAUCAUUUUCGGGAAGUAUGCCAUGCCUGUGUGCUUUCCCGACAAUGAGAUCUUCUUUGGGAAUACCUGGCUGAACUGUCGAAUCACAGGCUGGAUGAAGACAGGUGAAGACACGACCGAUUCAUUGCAGGAUGCACCUAUAAAGAUCAUCUCCUUCAGAGAAUGCAAUACCACAGUUUUUGGUGGCAAUCUCCAACCGACAAUGAUGUGCAUGGAAUUCGAAGAAAAUGAGCGCAUUGGUUGUCACCUGGACAGCGGCGGCCCUCUCGUUUGCAAAAUUAAUAGCACGCAGCAAUAUUUCUUAAUUGGGGUUGUCAGUUGGAUCACUGAUUAUGAGAAACGUUGGCCUGGAGUCUUCACUGUGACCAAAUCGUAUCUGAAUUGGGUUGAGCACAUCACUGCGCGGUAUGGCAAGAAGUUCAAUUACAAGGAGUACGGAGCAGAUUUGGUCAAUCACCAUCACAGAUCCAUGAUAAGGCUCCUGGCACAAAAUGCAAGUACCCAGAAUGCACAAAACCACUCAGGUACGAGCUUGGCCAGUCCAGGAUUGACAAUUUCGACAAGCACCAAACUCCCACAGACACUGAAACUGACUGCAACUGGGAACAUCUACACUGUUUCGAUGAUUGGAAUUGUGCUGGUCCAUCUCCGCUCCUUGCUGGUCACUAUGCUGGCAGCUUGAC